AUGAGGAGGAUAAAUUAAAAACUAUUAAGAUUUAAGAAGAUUAAAGUAUUAAUUUUUCUAUAUUUACAUAGAAAAAAAGAAAUUGCAGAAGUAAAUAAAAUGGAAUCAGAAUUUCAGGCUGUUUAUAAACAAGUUGA